CGUCCAACAUGGUGGACAAUUUGMACGAGUUUUCGAAUAGUUUGCAAAAAAUUCUGUUARCUUAGUUAAUUGAAAAUGUCYGUCGACAUAAGAUUGCCAAGUAAAAGGAGAACGCUUCCCCGGCAGGUUGACUCAGAACCAAAGCAUAUUGUUUCGCCAGGAGAUGUGAUUUCGGAAGAUCUUGGUUACAUGAGGGGACAUGGCACAUUUGUUCAGGAUGACAAAUUGAUUGCUUCUGUUUCUGGAAUUGUGGAAAGAGUAAAUAAACUGAUUUGCGUCAGACCUUUCAAUACAAGGUAUAAUGGCGAAAUUGGAGAUGUUGUUGUGGGGAGAAUCACCGAGGUUGGUCAAAAACGAUGGAAAGUAGAAACAUUUUCCAGACUUGAUUCAGUUCUUUUACUUUCCUCAGUAAAUCUUCCUGGUGGGGAAUUGAGAAGAAGAUCAAGCAAGGAUGAGCUCAUGAUGAGAGAAUACUUUACAGAAGGAGAUCUGAUUAGUGCAGAAGUGCAGUCCAUCUUUGCAGAUGGAUCAUUAUCACUUCAUGCAAGAAGCUUAAAGUAUGGAAAGCUAAGACAGGGUACCCUUGUUCAAGUUCCUCCAACAAUGGUAAAGCGCUGCAAGACCCAUUUCCAUAAUCUACAGUGUGGUGCCACAGUUAUCAUGGGAAAUAACGGGUCUGUCUGGAUUAGUCCACUGGUUAAGGAACAGUCUGUGGCUACAGAUGUCCAGGAAGAUCAGACUYUGAUUGACAACACGCCACAACGUAUCUCGCCGACGGACAGAGAAACAAUCUCUAGACUUCGUAACUGUGUUUUAGCACUAGCUGAACAUUCCAUAUUAUUGUUUGAUACAAGUUUAAUGUAUGCAUAUGAGGAAUCUAUCAAAUAUUCGGUAAAAGAUCUUUUAAAGCCUGAAGUCAAAGAAGAAAUAGCUAACAUUGUUCGACAGCAGCUUUACCAAUGAUAUGCAUGACGGGAUUCUGGGUCAAGAUAUAGAUUUGUAUGGAUUUUAUAUGUUACAUUAAGGAUUUACCCAGUGGAAAGCGCUAUUUACCCUUAUAUUGGGACACUGUAUUUUAUGCAUCGAAUAUUUCCCAUGAUUCUAUGUGUCAGAUAGUGGACAGGGCUUUCAUGUGACGACUGUUUGUGAUGUCACUUGUAAACAGGAACAACACUUAUACCAUAUAAACUAAACCAAGUUUUUUAAUUUAUCAGUAAAUCUGUUGCACACAGGAAACCCAUUUUCCAAUUCUGCGAGUGUUUUACAUGAAUGUCAUCCUUCAUUUUAAUACGUUUAUUUUAUUCUAUUUUACAGCCUCUUCCUUUUUACAUUAACGUUUUAUAUUUUUAAGAGUGGAUCCAUGUUUUUUUAAUGCUGAGGUCCUUGGAUCCAAUGCACAUUUCAUUGCGAUUGGAAUUGAACUAUCCCUGUAUCCCCCAUAUUUUCCCUUUUUUUAUUUUUUCAUGUCAUCCCUGUUUCUGUUUUUUUUUAGUUUUCAUUUUGGUUUUUAUUUCCGUUAUACACUUUGAUUUUUCCGACGCGAAUCAUCACUAAACAUUUCAAUCACUUUUAUUUUGUUUCUUCAAAGAUAAUGAAGUCCUCCUUGCWUUUGUGUAUAUGACGGASAGUGSACAAUUGCGUGUCUUUCUAUAUUUUUUUCUUUGCUAAUCAUUUGUUAAUGGGUAAAACCUUACAAUUGUUCUUGCUGCGAUGUCCGUUCAUUUGCGUAAUAGAAACCAUAUUUGCAGAACAGCAAAUUAAGCUGCAUGACGCAAGUUKAUCACAGUGAUUCUGUUAUUUUCUUGUAUCCUUAGAAUAAGAGAAAAAGAAGGUCUGUAAAUCUUUUAAACUACAAAGGAAUGACAUAUAUCAAAAAGCGCCCUGACUUGUCAUGUACAUGAAUGCACGCAGACAGACAUGAAUUGAGACCAUAUGCUCAACUCGUGAUGAAGAUGGGUUACAUGGCAACAAUAAUCACUAUUUCGUAUCAGAUUGUACAGUUAAGUUUGCAAGCUUUUAUUUUGGAUAAUAAAAAAACAACUAAGCUUUAA